AACAAGUUGCGGUGCGUUCGAUCGUCAGCAAGACGUGGCAAUGCCAUUACUUCUACCGGAUUGACUUGUAGUCUAUUUUUCUUGUGUUUACCGUUUUUGAAUAUGACACUCGUGUAAUUCUACUCUUAUUGUUUUUUCACAUAAUUUUAGUGACGGUAUUUUUUAGACAGAUUUGCUGGGGCUACAUAUACAUAGUAUAUAGAAUGUGGUACGCAUGCUCACUGCCCAGUGAAUAGAUAAGGUAGUUGUUGUUACUGUUGUGUACUAGAAGUCAGAGACCACAGUUGAAGGGAAAGCUGUGUGGUACACUGUCUACCUAUGUGAUAACAGUUCACAAGAUGGAGAAUGGCAGAGUUAGCUCAGACAAUGAUGAGAAUAAAGACUUAAGUUGUCCUAAGUCUCUGAUUUGCAAGUGCUUUGUUCCGGCUUGUGCUAGUUUGCUUGACAGUUGUGUGAGCAAGGGAGUUACGAGUGUCCAGGUGAUGGCUGGCAUACAAAAUUUGAUAAAAGUUGUUAAAGACAUUUCUAGUGGAGAAGAACUAGCUUCUAUUAUUUUAAUGACAGCAGCAUCACGAGUUUUGCCUUCUUUGAUGAGGCAAGUGGCUACUCAAUAUGACCAGGCAGCAGUAGUGCAAGUUGUUCAUGCUGUGCAGAGACUAGCGUGGAAGCUAGAAGCAGGGCUACUGGCUCACGGUGAUCAAACUGUGAAUGUUCAUGGGCUCAUAUUUUGUGAUGGACGUGAAGAUUCUCUGUUUUGGGCCAUGUUGCCACCUCCUCCUUCAGCUUUGCCUCUUACCAAUUGCAUCAAGAAACGACAAUACAGUACUGGAAAUAUUUUGUCACCAAAAAGGUUGUCGUGUCCGAGAAAGAACUUUUCGUUUGAUGUAUGUGCUGCUAUGUCUGCUGACGAACUGAAGUUGGUGCUUCCUGAACAAGUAUUAAGAAAUAAAGAUGUUGAUAGUGAACGUGUGCAACCAAAUGGGAACAUUGGUCAGGAGUCAGUAUCUUCAGCUGCUUCAACUGAUCAAAAACCAAAGUUUGAGGUUGGCCAAAGUAUUGUAACUGAUCCUGACUCUACCUUGGAACAAGAUGGUGCUUUGGACAAUGUUUUUGAAGAACCAAAUGAUCAAGUCAUUUUAAGGCAUUCCCAAGCAAGGUCAGCAUCAAGUCUUGAUGCUAUCAGAUAUUCAAGCACUGAUGGUGUUUAUUCAGCAAUGAAGAAUUCCCUGAAACGUCAAUCAAGUGUUGUGACUAUGAAUGAACUUUCAGUUCCAGCAGAAUUUCUCAGUAGUGGGAGCAAUGUCAAUGAGAUUUUAGAGAGAAGUGCUUUUGAAGGCAGACUACCUUCACUUGAUUUACGUGAUGAAUUUAAGAUGCUGCAUGGACGGAAACAUAAGAAGUCACAGUCAAUGUUUUAUACAGACUUGCCAAUAGAAGAGGAAUCCUCUGAGCAAUCGGGCAUCUCAAAUCCAUCUACUCCAGUCAAAAUGGCAACGACUUCUCGUUGCAAUAGUGAGUGCAUGUCUCCUGUGCAUUCAGCAUCUGAUGACUGUUUAGACAGCCCAACUCCAUCUCCCACACCUCCAAGGAGACAAGUGAGUCGGUUUAGGUCUUUAUCGGAGAGGCUAUCCAAGCUUGCUCAUUUGGGGCGCAGCUUUAGUCGUCAGGAGUCAUUAGAGAGCCCUCAAAGAACAUCAUGUAGCAUGGAAAAUCUAUUAGAGAGCAAUGACAAGUUUGCUCAUGUUUCUGUAAAGAGCAUACAGAAGAGAGCGAGUUCAAAAAUAUCAGGAAGUGAUGUAUCUCAGCGAUGGUUUGAAAUUAAUUUAAAGACGAACGUGGAUGAAUAUGAAGAGAAAUUUUGUCGAGUGUACAAGCAAUACAGAGAUGUAUUGGAGCUUCAUGAUGCAAUAGCCAAGGUCCAUGGAACAGCUCAUUUACCUCCAAAACUUUCCACUGAUUUUACAUCCACAUCAUCUGUAGCAGCUCAGAUUGAGCGACACCUGAAUGCUGUCUUAGCUGUAUCUGAGUUCAGGGCAUGUCAUGAACUGAUUGAUUUUUUUAGUCUUGUUGAUGAAGAUGACGAUGUCAAGGAGGGAGAGGAUGCCGAGCGACGUCUUUUGAUUUCUUUUUUUACACCUUACAUGUUUACAUCAAAAGAUUCUAAGAAACACUGGCCAAAAGUGGUAGAUUUGCCUGGUCCAGCUCGCUCACCAAUGGCAGCUAGGAAGGUUAUGAACCAAAUGACAGUACGACGGCGUCCAACACACAGAAGUGCUGAGGAGACAAACAUGGACCAGCAUCUUUGUAUUGUUAUCAAGGAAGACAAUGAGCAAGUGAUGAUGCUUGUUUGGGAUGAGGAAACUGAUACACAUGUUGUAGCAGCUGGUACAGUUGAACAUUUGGUUGAACAUCUGGCAAAUGAAGAUCGUCCUGAUCCUGGAUACGUGAAGACUUUCCUGAUGGGCUACAGACAUUUUAUGGCAUCAGAAGAUCUCAUAGAUCGGUUGUUGACGAGGUUCAAUGUUGAAUUGCCUGAGGAAUCAACUGACGAGGAGAAGGAGUACAUGGAGAAGUGGGGAUUGGUGGUGCAAUUGAGGACUGUCGAUGUUCUAACACAAUGGAUGGAACGUUGCUGGUUUGAUUUCCAUGACAAAGAAUUUAUGCUUGAUCGAGUUAACGCAUUUAUUGAUGAGCUGAAAGGCAGUGACAAUCUGAUUUUCAAGUCAUUGGGUGACAGUUUGAAAAAAGUGAAAAGCAAGAAGAUUGAAGAGGAAUUAAAGAGAAUAGAAGCAGCUAAACUAGCACAACCUCUAGAACCUUCUCCACUAUCAUUUGAUGAUUUUACAGCAACUGAACUUGCAAAGCAGUUAACACUGACAGAGUUAGGGUAUCUGAAGGCAAUAGAACCAUCAGAGUUUAUCAGAGUGCUUUGGGAGGACCAUCCGGGGACUAGGGACGAAAGAAAAAGGGCACUGUCUCCCAAUAUUUGUGAAUAUAUUGACCAUUUCAAUAGGGUUUGUUUCUGGGUUGGAACUGAAGUUUUGUCUUGUAGUGAUGUGAGGCAGCGUGCUGCAUGUUUAGAAAAGAUGAUAGACAUAGCGAAGCUUUGUCGCUCAUAUAACAACUUCAACACAUCAAUGGCUAUCAUGACAGGACUCAACUAUUCUGCUGUCAGCUCAAGGCGAUUGAAGCAUUCAUGGGAGCAUGUUUCGUUGAAAUCUCAAGCUUCUCUUGAAGAAAUAGAAGAUUUGUUUAGCAGUGAAAGUAACUUUAUAAUGUACAGGCGUUUGCAAGGAAGUCUGAAACGGACAGCUCCUUGUAUUCCUUUUUUUGGUCUUUACUCCAAAGACUUUGUUUUUCUUAACGAUGGUAACCCAAAACGUCUCGCCAACGGAUUAGUUAAUUUCUCUAAACUACGUAUGAUUAUGCAUCGGGUGACUGACUUGGAAUGGUAUCAGCACUCAAAGUUUCCGUUUGCUGCUGAAGACAACGUUGAGUAUGCGCGGUACUGCAAAAAACUGAAAGCACUUGGUGAUGAAGAAUUGUACGAGCUGUCUCUGCAAGUCGAGCCAAAGACAUAACAUACUUCUACUUCUAUAUGACUCAUGGAGAAACAUUGUUUAACAGCAAUAUGUAUCAUUAUUAUUUUUGUAUUGACAGGUUGUUUUCAGUAGGAUUUCUGGUCAAUGACUUUGAUUUUCGUUUGUUUUGUUAUACUUAAGCUGUAAUUGUUGAAGCUAGAUAGUUUUCCAAUGUCUAGAACCGCCACUCAUAAAAUUUGCUGUCUACA